AUGGCUAACCGAGAGCUGGCAAAGGCAGCCCGAACAUAUGGUCAUGAUACCUCAUUAAUCGUGCAGUCAGCUACAAGAAGUGAAGCCCUAGAUGCCGAGGUAAAGGCAUGCUCUUCGAGUGCAGAGGUCCAGGCAGUCACCAACUUUACAACCCCCAAAACUCCUAAACGUUACCACAAUGAGCCAGAUGGAAACAGAUAUAAUUCCCGAGACGACAGGAUGGACAGAGGCCCACCAAGAAAACGACUGGAUCUUGGAGCACGUACAUUGGGUAAACGGAGUCGAUGUUCACGCUGUGAUCGACAGGCGCAUCACGGAGCACCUUGUCCAGCAAUUGACAAAGACUGCCGCAAAUGUGGCCGGAAGGGCCAUUUCGCCGCGGCUUGUCGCAAGAAGCAAAAUGCUUACGCACUCUCCCUCAGCGACGUACUCAUCAGCUGCACCUUAAAUUCGUCGAGCCCACUUGAGUUUCUUAUCGACUCAGGAGCAGACGUAAACAUAAUUGGCGUGAAACACUGGAAGCAACUACAAAAUGACAGAAGAAAUGGUCAGUUAAUUAUCAAUAAAAUUGAGGACCCCAAAACCCUGAACUUGCGGGCCUAUGCUUCAGAACAGCCCAUGAAGAUCGAGUGCGCUUUCAAAGCGGAAGUUGCAGUGGCCGGUACAAACAACCCUGCGAUUUCAGUUGAGUUCUUAGUAGUACCUUGUGGUCGUCGAUCGUUAUUGGGCAGAGUCACUGCUAGCGAAAUGAAACUUCUAAAAGUGUCCUCAGUUAACACUUUCGAGACGGACAAGUUGGAAGUAUUCCCAAAGAUGCCAGGCGUACGGGUAAAAUUUAGCAUCGACCGAUCCGUUCCCCCUGAAAAGAAUGCCUACUAUAACGUACCAGCCGCUUUUAGAGAAGGAGCUAGAGCUAGACUCCAAGAAAUGGAAAAGCGGGGGAUUAUAGAAAAAGUUACCUCAGCGCCAGAAUGGAUUAGCGGCAUGUCAGCAGUAUCAAAGGGUAAAGAUGAUUUCAGGCUCGUCGUCAACAUGAGGGCGCCCAAUAAAGCAAUUAAACGCGAAUAUUUUCGCUUACCGCUGAUUCAGGAGAUGAAAACAAAACUUCACGGAGCAAAAUUUUUUUCGAAACUAGACCUUACUAGCGCCUUUUAUCACCUGGAGCUGUCUAAAGAAUCACGAGACCUAACUACGUUCCUGGCCGAAAACGGGAUGUACAGAUUCAUAAGACUAAUGUUCGGGGUGAACUGCGCACCGGAAGUGUUUCAGCGUGAGAUGUCUAGAAUACUGGAAAACGUCGAAAAUGUCAUAAUUUACAUUGACGACAUCCUAGUUUUUGGGAAAACUCUCGAAGAUCUUCACAAAACGGUUGCUAGAGUACUGCAAAUCUUGAGAGUUAAUAAUCUUACCCUGAAUACGGCUAAAUGCGAAUUCGACAAGACCCGUAUUAAAUUUCUAGGGCAUGAACUGAACGAACAAGGUUUCCACAUUGAUGAUUCAAAAGUAAAAAAUAUUCUAAACUUUCGUGAGCCUGCUACCGCUUCAGAACUACGAAGUUUCUUAGGUUUGGCAUCAUUUGUUAGCCCAUACAUCGGGAACUUUUCAGACUUGACUGGCCCGCUGUGGGAGGUAGCCACUACCAAGACGUGGAAUUGGGGAGCACAUCAGGCAGCAGCAUUUGAAGCCACUAAACGACAAAUAGCGAAGUCUACAUCCGCCCUGGGAUAUUUCGCCGAAGCAGACAAGACAAUUUUGUACACGGACGCAUCACCUACUGCCCUCGGAGCGGUUCUCGUCCAAGAGAACGAAAAUUCUACACCGCGCAUCAUCAGCUUCGCCUCAAAGGCAUUGACUCCCACCGAAAGAAAAUACGCCCAAAACCAACGAGAAGCACUUAGCGCUGUUUGGGCCGUAGAGUAUUUUUCUUACUACCUACUUGGGAGACAUUUUACUCUUAGAACCGACGCAAAAGGUGUGGAAUUCCUGUUAAACAGAUCCCGUGAGAUCUCCAAAAGGGCGCUCACUCGAGCGGAUGGAUGGGCUCUAAGACUCAGUCCAUACAGUUACGUAGUAGAAUACGUUGAAGGAAAAUUCAACAUCGCAGACCCAUCUUCGCGACUGUACAAUGGAAAAGACGAUCCAUUCGAUGAAGAAGCAAGCGCUUGGGAAAUCGCUAAAAUUGAAGCAAACGCCGUAGGAUUUGUAACAGAGGACGAAAUACGGAAAGCAACAGAAGCUGAUGAAAUCUUAUCACAAAUCCCGCAUGCUUUGGAUACCGGUUAUUGGCCAAAACAGCUGCACAGAUACCAAAUUAUUUCACACGACCUCCACUUCAAAGAUGGAAUCUUAGUGAAACAAGGUUGCGCGGUUAUCCCAGAAGCGCUACGCAGAAAAACACUGGAAGUUGCACAUGAGGGACACCCAUCAACAGCAAAGUUGAAAAGCAUCCUGCGAGAGCGUGUCUGGUGGCCCGGCAUGCCUAAAGACGCUGAAAGCUGGGUUGAAUCAUGUGGGACAUGUGCUACCAAUGGCAAACCGGAAAAAUGCACGCCAAUGGAGCGUAUUUUCGCUCCUAAAACGGUCUGGGAAUUGAUCGCCCUUGAUUUUAAUGGGCCUUAUGCGAAAUUUGGUGGAAUCAGUAUUCUGGUUCUUGUGGAAUACCGAUCAAGGUACAUUAUGGCUCAUCCAGUGAAGUCCACGAGCUUCGAACACACCCGGAAAAUUCUGGAUGAAAUUUUUGAUAAGGAAGGGUUUCCCAAGACAAUCAAAACUGACAACGGGCCCCCGUUUUGUGGAGAGGAAUUCAAAAUCUACUGCGCCGAGCGAGGUAUCAGGAUUUUAUACUCGACUCCUCUGUUCCCCCAGCAAAACGGGCUCGUGGAGAACUCCAUGAAACUGAUAAACAAAGCUAUGGCUGCUGCCGUGUCUUCUGGAACCAACCAUAUGGAAGAACUUAAUGCCGCCAUCCGCGCGCACAAUGCAGCCGCUCACACAAUUACUAAAGUCGAACACGAUAACGAACUACUAGACAAAAGAGAUCGAGAAGUCAAGCUGAAAGCCAAGAAACACGAAGAUAAACGUCGUUGUGCUCGAGAGUGUCGGAUCCUUCCCGGGGACUGCGUAAUCGUAGAACAACAGUCUCGUUCGAAAGGAGACAGCAGAUUCGGCUCAACAAGAUACACUGUGCUCGAGCAGUCGAAAGGGAGCCUUUUACUUACAAAUGACGAUGGCAAGCUACUGAAGCGACAUGUCACGCAAACAAAAAGAGUAAAAGACUGGCGAAGCCCCACCCACGAAAACCACAAGAUACAAGCGGAAUUGCGUGUACAUCCGACGAGACCGAGGAAGGCACCUGCGUACUUGGACAAGUACGUGCGCGUGGUACAAGAAGAGACGAAUGCGCAGCUGUCACCGCAGGCCCAAGGUAUACACAUAUAUUCAUCGUGCGCAACGAGCACGCAACAAAGUCGAUGGCAACACCAGAACGGACAGCAGCGACCAUCAAGUGAAGAGAAGUCCUCUUUCGCCGUCAGACAGUCAACGAGCUUGGAGCUUUAUCCUAACACGAGCGAUCGAUCUCCCCACCACAACGAUUAUGAUGUAGGCAUAGACGAAGACAUAAACUCCCUCCGGCGGGUAUGA